UUUAGGAGUUACUUGUUAUUCUAGAAUCCCUUGAAUAUUUGUUAUGAAUACUACUUUUACUUGUAAUGUUACUUGUAAUAAUUUACUAGUUACUGGUUUAAGUAUUCAUUUAUUAGGAGUUACUUGUUAGAUUUAUGUGUUAUUUUUAAAUUUUUGUAAAUGGCUAUAUUUCCCUUACUUAUUUAUUUUGUAUGUUGAAACAUGGAGAUUCUCGUAUAUUAUAAUGAAUUUUACACUUUGCCUAGAGAAGAAUUUUUGACAUUGUUCCAGAAGAAAUUGAUUUCAAGUUGAAUUUUGGAUUGUUUUUUUAUCUUGCUGAACUAUGUUGAGGUUAAACAAGAUAAUGAAAAACCAAGAUUCUUUUUUGGUGGUGAACAUAUGGUAAUUUUAUAAUACUUUGAUAUAAUUUUAAUUUUUUUUUUAUUUAUGUUUCUAUUUCAAAGUUUUAUAUAUAUUUUUUGUAUACAGUUGCCUCUUUUGCGUUGUAUCUAUAAUGGAGAAGGCAACAUAUAUGAUAAUGAAAUAUUCGGGGCAUGGGAUAGUGGAUUGAAUCAGUCAAUGUUGUGAACUAAUAGAUGCAUUGUUGAUAUUCAUACCAAUCUACUACGACAAUCAUUAUUCAGCUGUUUGUAUAAAUUUCUACACUCAAACUGUUGAUUACUUGGACAAUCAAACAUAUUCAAUGCAUGUAGAAGUUGAAAAUAAGGAAAAGAAAGGGAAAGGUGCAAACACAGUGGGUGCCAAGAAAUUCAGAAUUUCAACAAAUUUUAAUGAAUUUCACACUGCUUUUUAUACUCUCACAUGGCACUUGGUAAGAUUUGAAAUUUUCUCAAAAUUAGAAAAGUAAUACUUGAAUACUUGUGUUUGGAAUUACUGUGGUUACUUGUUCUGGGUAUUACUAGUAUAAGUUUUUUUUUAGGGAUAUUACUAGUAUAAGCUAUGAUUUAAUUUUAUGUAUGUGUUACUUGUAUGGUUUACUUGUCCUGUGUUUGAAUAACUGGGGUUACUUGUAUUGGGAAUUAAUGUGGUUAUUUGUACUGGGGAUUACUUGUAUCUGUUAUAGGUUUAGGGGUUACUUGUAUUUGGAAUUACAGUGGUUACUUGUACUGGGGAUUACUUGUAUCAGUUAUGAUUUACUUUUAUAUAUGUGUUACUUGUAUGUGUUACUUGUCAUGUGUUUGAAUAACUGGGGUUACUUGUACUGGGGAUUACUUGUAUCUGUUAUAGGUUUAGAGGUUACUUAUAUUUGGAAUUACAGUGGUUACUUGUAUUUGGAUUACUUGUAUCAGUUAUAGAUUUUAUUACAUGUAUGUGUUACUUGUAUCAGUCAUAGGUUUAAGAAUGUGUUACUUGUAUCAGUCAUAGGUUUAUGUAUGUGUUACAUAUAUGGUUUAAUUAAUAAAGAUGUAAACUAUGGUAAUUGAAUAAUUGGAGUUACUUAUAUUCAAGAUUUUAUAAAGGGUUACUUGUAUUGUGGAUUACUUAGCUUGUAUCAGUUUUACCAAAACUGUAGUUAAUAUAUAUUUUUUUUCAGAGACUUUAUAUGUCAAAAUAUUUGGUUUCAAAAGGCCAUGAUAAUGGAGAAUUUGUCAAGGAUUUCGAGAUUCGUAUGAUUCCCCUUGAUUCUCAAAAGUGUGCUUCUGAAACAAAUGACUGUGGAAUUUUUUGUUUGUACCAUUGUGCCACAUAUAAAGGGAAACCUUUUAAAUGUAAAAGUUUGACUCAGGCAUUGGAGAGACGUCGUUUUAGAGCAGAAAUAUGUGCAUCUCUGGUUUUAUGUAAUUUGAAUUUGUGUCGAACUGAUGUUUUGAAAAGUGUGGAUGCUUUUUGCGACAACAAUCAAGAGAUUUAUGCUGAAGUCAUUCUCAAUGAGGAAAUUGCAAAGGCUAAUAAAUCGACUCGGCAAAGUUUGAAGGCUAAGAAAGCAGGAGGAGGAGUUUAAAGAUGAAGAUGGCUAAACAGGGGAAUGUAGCAGAAGAGGAAAAAGAAAUUAGAGCCAAAGAGAAGAGAGAAGAAGCAGUUCUGAUUGCUGCAACUAUAGGUGCAAAGAAAAUGGCAAAGAAGACUAAAGAUGCUGCUGCAAGAAAGAAGUAAGAACUUCUGGAAAAAAAAAUUCAGUUA